GAAGAGCAAAGCCACGGUUCUGACACGAGGAUCACACACUAAAGCGAAAGAGCGCAGGGCCGGCGCUCAGCCCUACCCCCAUCCCAGACUUUGCCUGCACGGCAGCGCCCGCAAACCCCUUACAGCCCGCGGGAAAGGCGGCACGACCACGUGACCCUUCGGCGCUGCCGUGACGUCAAUGGAGCUCGUGCCGCGCGCGCGUGCCGGGCCGGCGGCUUCGCCAUGUGCGCCGCAGCGUGGGGAUCCCGCGUCACGGCGGGGGGCGACGAGGACUACGACAGCGACGAUGAGGACUGCUGGGAUAUCGGCGUGGCGUGCCGGGGGCCGCAGCAGCUGGAUCCGAUGUUGCCAGCAGACAAGAAGGAUGCGUUUCAGAAAGCUCUGACAAGUGGUGAUGUGUCGCUUAUUGAAGAGCUCUUAAACUCAGGUAUAAACAUAGAAUCUAGCAUUCAGUUUGGAUGGACUCCCCUGAUGCAUGCUGCCAGUGUGGCUGAUUAUAGAGUAGUACAUCUUCUUCUGGACAGAGGUGCUAAUGCGAGUUUUGAAAUAGAUAAGUACACGGUGCUGAUGGCAGCAUGUGCUGCUCAUGCUUCAGAGGAAAAGAUCUUGAAGACGGUAGAACUACUUCUGUCAAGGAAUGUUGACCCUAACCUUACUUGCAGGAAGCAAAUGACUCCACUGAUAUAUGCAGCUAGAAAAGGCUAUCCUUGUGUUGUUCGUCUUCUUGUUGCUCAUGGAUCACACAUAAAUGCUCAAGAUGAAAGUGGAUAUUCAGCAUUAAUAUGGGCAGCACACCAUGGACAUAAAAAUGUAGUUUUUACAUUGCUUGAGCUUGGAGCAGACAAAAAUCUACAGGCUAAGGAUAAGAAAACAGCAGCAGAGAUAGCAAAAAUCAAUGAACAGUUAGAGAUUUAUGGUUUACUCUCUUUGACUGUAAAUCACUCGCAAGGGAAAUACUGUGAGACAACAAAGCAAGAGACUGUGUACAAAUUUCUGACAGCUGCCUCUGACCACAGUGUUAGUUCCUGUUCAACUUUUGAUGCCAUGGAUGUGUUUUUACAUGGUAUUGGUCUAGAACAUAUAAUAGGAUUAUUGAAGGAAAGAGAUGUAUAUUUAUGGCAGCUUCUGACCAUGCAAAAAGAAGAGAUGAUGCAGAUAGGUAUUACAAAUCCUGUAGAUCAGCAGAAACUCCUAGAUGCCAUCAAUGAGCUACAAGUGGAAGAAACAAGAUUUAGAGACCUUCCUGAAUUAGUGAAUCUGGAAGUCAGUGGAGACGAAUGCCUCAAGUUUCUUCAGAAGUUAAAUAAAGAGUGUAGUAACCUGACCGUUCCUGUGCAGACCAUAAGUAAACAUUUCCUCAAAAAUUCUCACAAGAUGGUACUGCAGUGGACACCUACUGAAAGACAUAUUGAAGUUUGCAAGGACUUGAUUUGCAAUGUUGAAAAGUUGGGAGAAGAAGUUAAGAGACUGAAUGAACUCGUGACAAAGGAAGAAGAGCAGAGGAGUGACCUCAGCCUAGUGGUGUUUCCAGAAAAAUCACUCACCUUGGAAAAAAGAUUAGUAAAAAUGGGAGCAGUAACAUUGCUUGGGUUCGGUUUUUUCUUUUUCGUCACUAAGUUAGUGGUAAAGAAGAGCUGACUCUCAGUGCUGUGAAUAACUUGGUUACAUUAUACUUCAGUGUGUGUAGCUGAGCUGAAUUCAUGUGAAAAUUUGUGUAGUUGCAUCAUAUCUGUAGCAUUUACAUCCAGUGCGUACUUUGAGCUAGCUACAAAAUGAUUAAAAAUAAAAUCUAUUGACUUUAAUGUAUCUUAAUGUUUAAGUUUCAAAGUUAUUUCUGGUAUAGGCUAUAGGUACAAAAUCUCAUCAGAGUUGCUUUUUUUCCCCCUAAAGUUAUAAUUACUAUGUCAUAAUGACUAGUUUUUAACUGUUGUUGUAACAACUGUUACCUGUUCAGCUGUUGUUCUCGUAGGUAAACGUAAGCAAAGAAUACUGUUGUUUCUCUUGGAUGCUUGUAUUUGAAAUGGCAAUGCAGCUGUGUGUUGGUUUGUUUGGUUUUUUUUUUAACAUUAAGUAUCUUGUGAUUUUUCAUUGAUAAAGUUCUUUUCUCAUGUAUAGAUUCUUAUGAAAAACUUUAUGGUGAGGUGUAUUUGUCACAGCCACAGGACUGCAGAUAUCUUAUACAUUGUCUAAAAAGUCAUCUCCCACUGAACUGUGCUGUUCAAAUUAUGCCUGAGAUAUGUUUCCUCGGGUGUACUUGUAUUAAUAGUUUUAUCACUAAAAGGAUUAUAAGGAUACUAAAAGGAUCUAUAGCAAUCUUUUGCUCUAAAAAUGCAGGCAAUGCAGGCAACUUAGAAGGAAUAUCAGUGUUUCUUCUUGAUCUGGACUUUCACUACAGUAGCUUCAUGUUAAUUUUCCUCUUAAGAUUUUUGUCACUUAAAGAGAUGUGUGUAAUUCUGUAGCAAACUUUAGUAUCGUUUUUUUUUCAGCCAGUUACCACACUGACUGUGUUGCAAAAAAAGGGAAUUGGUGUAAGUAAUCCAAAUCACAUUUUUGUAGACUUCAGUGAAUGCCUGUAAAAGUGCAGAAUGUUUGUGAUGGGACGUUCUUCUAUCAGAACAGAAGCAAUCGGAAAAACCAUUAGACUCAGUGGGUGUGCCACGCUUUAGCUAAGCAUGCUCUGUUCUCUGAGAUGUGCGCAGUCAUAAUCUUGGAUCCUCCCUCUGGAGACUAGUAAUGAGAAGAUAAAACUGAGUGCUGCUCCAGGCAGUUAUUGCUGUCACAGUUGUUUUCUGCUUUUGAUUUGAGAAAACUACCUUGGGCGUUAGCGUGUUUCCUCGCUAUUGUAAUUGUUUGACAUGUCGGAAGGUUGUUCACACUGUAUUUGCAACGUGUACUUUAUGCAAGUGUAAUUAUUUCAGCCACUCAUAUGAUGUGUGUAAUACAGCCCUUGGAAAGGAUUCUGAUGCUUAACUUCAGUAUUCCUCAGUUCUCUACUUAAGUGAGAAUUUGCAAGCAGCUCCAGAGAUGCAUUUCCUACCACUGGUAAAUGUUGCCAUUUGAGACAGUAACUAUUUUUUUUUCCCAAACAAAUCUGAAAAAAUUAUCCACUUGUGCACAGACUUUUGAAACUGAGCUUGCAGGUUGUGCAGUUGAACGGGAAAGCUGCUCCAGAAAAUAGAUUUAUCACCAUUUAACUGAAUUAAAAGUAUAAUAAUGUGUAUGAUGUCAUCAGUGUAAACUUACCUAUGCAGGGGCGAGGGAGGGAGAGAAUAAUGCAUAAUACUUGCUGAUAAAUGUUUUCUAGUUUGAGAGUUACAAUAAAAUAUUCUGUGCAGAAAUGA